AUGAGCAUCUACCGACCAGAGGAAGAACCCGACCAGCAGCAGGAGGCAGGCCAGCAGGAGCAACAACAACAGAUUGCCACAACGACGGAGGGCACACCCCUGGUGUUUCCACCACUCACCCACCAGCGACUCGAGAACUGUGCCUUCUCGUCCUGGUACCCAAAGUUCAGAUCCAUCUCGAUCAAAUCCAAGAUCAUCCCUUUGCCCGACGAGUUUGUCUCCUAUCUCAAUGCCGACGGCGUCUUUAUCCCAGGACAGAGCGGCCUGACAUUGGCAUUGAAUGACAGCGAGGACGAGAGCGAGGACGAGAACAUUAGCGAUGCAGAUCGAUUCAAGGCACUUCAAGAGGCUACUUUCCGUCAGAGGACUGAAGGCGGUCAGGACGACAGUAGCGAUGAUGAGGAGGACGAUGAGUCAGAGCAAGGCGAGGCACCAUUACCAUACUUCCCAGGACUGGAACAGGAGAUUGAACAGACGAUCGCAGAAUUCGGAGGCGAGGUGUUUCCAAAACUCAACUGGAGUUCUCCAAGGGAUGCCAGCUGGAUUGCGGCGACCAAUACGUUGAAGUGUCAGAACGUGAGCGAUAUCUUCCUUCUCCUCAAGUCGUCUGAUUUCAUUGCACAUGAUCUGGCGCAUGCUUAUGAGGAUUGUUCGGAUGCCGCUGCGGAGGGUGCGGGGGGUGUGAGGCAAAGACCUGAGGUUGUGGAGUUGGUGUUGAGGAAGUGGUUUGACCUUGCGCCCUCGAUGGAGUUUAGGUGUUUUGUUCGCGAGAACAAGCUUGUUGCCAUCUCGCAGAGGGACAUGACCUACUAUGACUUUUUGAAGGGCAUUCAGGAAGAGUUGGAGGAUAAGAUUGUUGAUUUCUUUGAGGACAAGAUCAAAGGUCGCUUCCCCGAUAGCCACUACACGUUCGAUGUAUACAUUACCAGGAACAAGGACAGGAUCUACCUCAUCGAUUUCAACCCCUUUGCCCAAAAGACCGACUCCCUCUUAUUUGACUGGAAAGAACUCCUCCUCCUGGAUCUAGAAGAUCAAGAACAAUUGGACCACCUGCCGGCGAUGAGGUUGUUGGAAUCUGAGGCGGCGGGGAGUCAUAUGCAGCAGCCAUUUGCGUUUAAUCGGUACCCUGCGGACGUGACGGAUUUAUCAAAUGGGCAGACGGUCGCAGAAUUUGCGGAGGCGUUUUAUAAGAAGGUGCAGUCUGCUAAUUCUUCUGAUUAA